GACCCGGUAGAGCGGAAGUCACUCCGUGAGGCAGUGGCGACAGCGGCGGCGAGAGGAUGAACAACAAGUUCGACGCCUUAAAAGAUGAUGAUAGUGGAGACCAUGAUCAGAAUGAAGAAAACAGCACACAGAAAGAUGGUGAGAAGGAAAAAACGGAACGAGACAAGAGCCAGAGCAGCGGCAAGAGGAAGGCUGUUGUCCCUGGACCAGCAGAGCAUCCCCUGCAGUACAACUACACCUUUUGGUACUCUAGGAGAACCCCCGGCCGUCCCACCAGCUCACAGAGCUAUGAGCAGAACAUCAAGCAGAUUGGCACCUUUGCCUCCGUGGAGCAGUUCUGGAAGUUUUACAGCCACAUGGUACGUCCUGGGGACCUGACAGGCCACAGUGACUUUCAUCUCUUCAAAGAAGGAAUUAAACCUAUGUGGGAGGAUGAUGCAAAUAAAAAUGGUGGCAAGUGGAUCAUUCGACUUCGGAAGGGCUUAGCUUCCCGCUGCUGGGAGAAUCUCAUCCUGGCCAUGCUGGGGGAGCAAUUCAUGGUUGGGGAGGAGAUCUGUGGGGCUGUGGUCUCUGUCCGCUUUCAGGAGGACAUUAUUUCCAUAUGGAAUAAGACCGCCAGCGACCAAGCAACCACAGCCCGAAUCCGGGAUACUCUUCGGCGCGUGCUUAACCUACCUCCCAACACCAUUAUGGAAUACAAAACCCACACCGACAGCAUCAAGGCCUGGGAGGAGUUUCAUGGCCUGGUGAACAGCAGCGGCCGCUGAUCGGACGCUCCCCCUCUGUCUCUCACACUCAGGGGACAAUUCAAGCUUUCGAAAUACAAAAAUCACAUUGUGAAAGUGCACAAGCUGGCAAUAAUCCUUUUCUGUUUGUGUGUUUGUCUGAAAUGGAUGUGAGGUUCAGGCAGUCCUGUCUGCUCACUAAAGGGGUGUACCUAAGCCACAUGCUCCCCUUCUGCACUCGUUCCUGGAAGACGGACUCCACUAGACACCUUCCAGCAUUGCUGACCUUAUAAAGCAAGAAGAAUGGGGAAAAUGUGACUUUGUCAUAGACAAACACUUUUUAAUGGGGCUCUGUGCAGGAGUGCAGCCGUCUUCUUGCUGUGUGCUAUCCAGAUGCCUCUUGGCACCCUGCUGUACUCUCCUGCUGUGCGAAGGACUUGACCGACCACAUGUAUGUGCCCUGUGCUGGGUCUGACCUGAGCGUUAUCAGUAUUAUGAAUGCUUGCGCAUCCAGGAACAGCCUCUGCUUAGAGUUGAAGAGAACCAAAUGCCUCUCCCAGCUCUACUGUUAAGUUAUUGUGUGUUCCUCUCUCCCAAGCCCCCAGCACACUUUGAACAUGUGUUAGGAUGUGAUGACAGCCUAGGAUUCUGUGUCCUUUGCGCCUUAUACCUCCAGUGGGGUUCUCCUUCUUAGGCACUGUGGCACUUAAAUCGUGAUCCCAGGCAGCAAAGGUUUUGCUGAUGAAACCUAAGGUAUCUGCCCUCUAAGAGAAGGUGGAGAAGAAUGCAGUUCAGUCAGAAGCUGGAUUAUAGUGCAGGUCCCAUGUGUGGGGUUGGGGCUGAGGGCGGGGAUUGAAACCAGCCUCCCAUGCGAGUGGGACUUGUGUGCUGAGCAUGGUCUGUGGGGCUUGCAUGUCCCUCAUGGAGGAGGAAGCAACAGCUGCUUAGUGCCACUUUAACACUUAGUGUGUAGAUCCCACAGUGCUGAAAUGGACAUCUGAAGAAUCGGCAGCCUUGCUGGAUGCUUUUAUUUGACGGCUGUAUCUGUCAGCUGUGGUUGGAAAAGACUUUGGUCCUCAACACCUGGAUGUAAGCAAAUUGUCCAGAUCCUCAAUGCCCAGAAGGCUUCUGCAGGCAUGUCCUCAUCAGAGAAGCUGGGUGUUCUCACUCUGGGAGCCUGGGGCCAGAGAGAUCAAAAGAGCACCCAAGAUCACGGAAGAGAGGGGCAGCUGCAGCGGUUUCAGGUAGUAGCUCUGUGUACUGGGCUCUUGUGAGCCGAGAUGGCAGUACCUUAAAUUAAGGCCUCUCUUUAUGCGUAUCCCUGAAGCCUGGCUCCUCAGCCACCGGGCUCAGGAAUUCUGAAGGUUACAGCAUCUCCUUUUAUUCACCUCACUCUCUUCCAGUUUUCCAACCUCUGCCCCUCCAGUCACUGUUAUCUGGGAAUGCCUUUCCCUGAAAGAACAGAGUACAGGCGUCAAGGGGGAAGAUGUUUCUGCUGUGGGUGAAGCCAUCUGAGAAGAAAGUCCAGUAGGGAUUGAAACUCCAGGAAUCUGAAGAAUGCACUCUGGGGUGGUUGUGAAGGCUCCAGCACCACGGGAGCAUCACUGGCUGUCAAGGAGGCAAAGGCUGCUCCUGGAGGCUUGACUCAGGCAGGAGGCCUCACGUUUGCCUAUGCUCAGGUCGCCUCAAAAUUCCAAAGAGCAGACAUUUGGACUUGCCUUCCUUUGGGCAUCUCUCUAGUGUGUGUGUGCAUGUGCAUGUGCACGUGUGUGCGCAUGCAUGCAUGCAUGUACAGUGUGUCUGAGUGAGGCCUGUGUCAGGCCUAAUGGUUAGAUGUUUUAUUUUGCCUUUUUUUUUUUUUUUUUUUUUUUUUUUUUUUUUUUUUUUUUUUUUUUUAAUCUCAUUUGUUCAGAGGUUUGAAUCUCCAAUGUUUUCUAGAGCUGCUUGUCUUUCCCCAUCCUCUUGGUCAUAUAGUAUUUGACAGUUGGAUUUUUUUUCCCAUUUAAAGUAUGCUGACCCUGCUGCCAUGUGAGUGAGGGUUCUCAGGAUCAGGCAGCAGCUAAACCCCAGUGUUCUUCCAGGUGCUCUGCCGAACAGCUUAAGGGGAAAUUGACUAGUCAGUGUACUCAAACCACCCAUUUUCCAACCAGCUGGAGAAGUUUCUCCAUUUAUUUUGACUUCACAGGCCUCUGGUAGGCUGAGAUACCACAUGGUUGUGGUUAUGGAAUCGUCUGUUCUCGAAACAGGAGGUAGAGGCCUGCCGGAGCCAAUGUGACCAGAAGAUAGGUUGCUGCUAGAGAAGGGAGAGUCACAUUUGUCCUGCUCCCCCUUCUGCCUCCACGGCCCACUCCUCUCAAGAGCCGUUCUCUUUGUCCUUUUGUUUGUGUGUAUGUGUUUUCCCUGUGACACUGGCAGUGAGGAUACCUUUUCAUCCAGAGAAAAGCUUGUCAGUGCUCCAAGAAUGAAUUUCCAAGUAUUGCCGGAGGGGAAGGAGCAGGGGCUGUGACAGUGAUGUAGCGUUGCACUUUGAGAGGAUUGUCUACUGCAGUAAUAAAUGGAACGUAUCAGC